AUGUACCGCAGCACACGAUCUACAAAACAAUCGUCCAAACUCAAGAUCCUUCCUGAAGAGCCCGAGGACAGCUCGACGGGCACGGCUGGUGGAGCAAGCGGUGGGACGACACCAAUGAAUACCUCUUCUCCCGUCAUUGAUGCCAGCGGCGAUGCAUCACAGUCGAUUCUAAAGAAUGUUUCGAGCGGAUACCGACGGAAUCCAGUCUACUCGGAACCACCGGCUCCCACGGCGGCCAACACCAACUCACCACAUCACUCGGUCGACGACGACGACGACAGUUCUUCCGACGAUGCGGCAGAAGGAGAGGAUGAAGAGGCCGUCGAAGUGUACAAGCAGCUCGAUCAGAUCCCUGAAGGCUCGAUGCGACGCGAUGCUAGGCGAUUGACCAAACGGUCGCGUGCAAAACUGCCAAGAGUGACGGCGUAUUCGACCGCCACGUCGUAUCGUAUGCGCGAGCUCACAAAGUGGCUCAACGCGAGGAGAUCGAGUCACCAGACAAACGUGUUGACUUUCGACGAGUGUGUCUACACCACCUAUACGUAUAAGCACGUCGACGAGGCUAGGGGGCUCUUGCCAUCCCACGCCAACGGCAACACCAAUGCCAAGCAUCGAUCAACACGAGAAACGGCAAAGACAGGUGAUCUGCUCGGCAUUCCCGAACUUGAUCCCAACUCGAACCCCUCGGAUCAGCAGCACGACGGCCACGCUCAAGCUUGCUCCACGGACGUUGCAGCUGCGAAACGCAAACGCAGUCGGUUUUCGGUCGACGACAUUGUGCCCGAACUGUUCAUCAUGGAUUACGGCACCAUUGUCAUCUGGGGUAUGAGUUUGCAGGAAGAAAAACGGUUUUUGCGCGAACUACGUCGGUUCGAAGUCGAACGUCUGGCGUCGGAAGACAUCGAAUCGGAAGAUCUGCAUUGGUACCUCGCCGACUAUUCGCGGAUCUACAACGACGUUAUAACCCUGCGCCGUGGUUCAUCGUACAUGACCAAACUCUCGCUCUCGCAUGCGCUCGCGCAAUCUACCAAGAUCAGCUUCUUCGAAGGCAUCAUUGACAACACGAUUGAAUCUACCAAGGACAUUCCACAAUCCAUCGCCGAGAGCGGAAAGAUCGGUAUGCCACCCGCCGAGAUCAUGAAGCAGAUUGGCCACCUGUUUAUCCUCAGGAUGAACAUCCACCUCGUAGGAAGCAUCGUCGACUCUCCCGAGAUCUUCUGGAGACAACCCGAUCUGGAACCGUUGUAUUCUGCCGCAAGGAGCUAUUUGGAAAUCCCGCAGAGGAUCGAUCUGUUGAAUACCAGAGUCGAGGUAUUGCAGGACAUGUUGCAGCUGCUCAAGGAUCAGGUGACCAGCAGUCAUUCAGAGUAUCUCGAGAUUGUCGUUAUCCUGUUGAUCAUGUUGGAAAUCGUCUUGGGUGUAGCGACCAUGUUGGUUGAUUUGUACUUUGGUUAA